CAUUACCCUUGCUUGCUACUAUAGUCCCUACACCUCACCACUGUUCUGCCUCUACUGUCCACUCACCACUCUGCUCUAAAGUACACAACCAACUGCCCUAACCAAACCUAUUUUCUCUUCUCUCUCUCUCUCUCUCUCUCUCUUUCUUUCUGCGGUGGUUUCGUUCCCUUCUUUAGUGCCUUCAAUCAAGGCAAGAAUUCACCAAGAGCCUGCAAUCUCUCUCUCUUUCUCUCUCUGUCUCUCCCCCCUUCUCUGUUCUCUUUCACACAGUUACUGGUAAUAGGGCAAAUUGUGUGUAAUUUUGAAUUGGCAAAACGAGUAGGAGAAAGUGAUAUCUUUGAGGGAUAAUGGAGAAGAAGCAGCUGAAUUUCAAUGCCCCGCUUAUAUCGGUGAGGAGAAUGUCGUCGAUUGUGUCUCAACCCGAGGAAGUGAUUAGGAAGACGAUUGGGAAGGCGCCCCCGAACAGGCAGCAAUCUCUGCCCGUGCUAAAGUGUAAGCGGGAUGUGGGCGAGGUGACUAAACCGGCUGCAGUUCCGUUUGUGUGGGAGCAAACUCCCGGGAGGCGAAAACCCGAGAACGAGAGGAAAGCCUAUGCCUAUGAGGAGCCUUCGAGUACUACCCCAAAGCUCCCUCCAGGAAGGAUGCGGGAUAGUAUAAGAUUCUAUUCGGGCGAAAGGCCUCGAAGUCAGAAUAUUUACAACGCUCAUCCUUGGAAUGAUCAUGCUGCUUUGUUGGAUAGCUUGGUUGAGAGCAUGUAUACGAAAGGGGAAUCCGAUGGGGAAAGCAGGGACGAGGCGUAUUCUGAUGCAACCGACACGCUAUCCCCGAGCGAAUCUUUGUCGUUGAACUGCAGUAUAAGUGGCUUGAGUGGCUACCAAGGCCUCGAUGUAAAACCGUCCGGAGCCUUUGCUGUCGAUGUGCAAACUCGAGACUUUAUGAUGAGCCGGUUUUUGCCCGCAGCGAAAGCCGUGGUUUUGGAGACGCCUCAAUAUGUUCCAAAGAAGGAACUUGUAGUAGUAGCCGAGCAACCUAAGCCCCCGGUGAAAAAGGUUAUCCCGGUUGAAAACAAGCCUCUGCCUAUCCAGAAAUACGACCCUCACGUUAUAUCACAUUAUAGCAAGUAUACCGAGAACAUUGCUAGCGAAAGUGAAGACGAAAUGGAUGAAAACGUGCCCGAGAAACAACACAAACGGUCGGGUAUAUCUUGGAAGCUCUUCCCCCGCCUUUGUGUAAAGAACUCGUUGUGCCUUCUAAGUCCUUUGCCGGGAAUGAAAAGUAGAACACGAGCUCCUUCACCCGCACCUACACCUCCCCCGCCAGCUAAAGAUAUAAAACGGCUGACCAGAAACGCUUACAGCGGACCCCUUAACAUGCCCCGAAAAGCUUAUAGUGGACCUCUUGACAAGCAAGUUUGUGAGGCCAUGUACAACAAAAGAUUUCAUCCCCUAUCGGGGGAGCUGUAUAAAGUUGCUGAUAACAAAAGGGCGCCUAACCAGCUGCCUGGUUACGAUGGACUGUCUCCACACAGGAACUCCAGAAGUGGUGCAAUAUCUCCCUACCGAAAUGUUGCUCCACGAUCACCGUUUAACGAAGGUGCUAGGUUUCUAGGAGUACCGAGGGAAGUUGAGAAGGCCAGUGGUUAUGUUCGAGAUACUCCUAGAAAGAGCACAGGUAAGAUAGCCUCGGAUGAGAAAACGGUAUAUGUAGAUUCUGUUAAUAACGUAGAAAUUCCAAGUCAAGAUUUGGCAUCUUCGAAGCCCAAGAGUGUUGUUACUGGCUCUAAUGAGAAUCUAAAGAAUCUAAUAAGAAACAUACGAGUUGUAGAUGUGAGAAGAAAAUUCAACCCCGAAUCUUUGGAGCUGGCUGAAAAGGUGCUAGCUUCUACCACAUGUGUAUCAAAGCUCAGAGGCGGCCUUACAGAGAAGAAGGAUGCUUCGAAACUAAAUUCGGACUCCAAUCAAGAACUCGGUUCGUUAGAAUUGGCAAUUGUGUGCACCAAUGGGAAUAUAGCUUCGGGCAAUGAAGAUAACUCGAAGCCAGAUGAUGAGAGCAACUCCUCACAAUCGCCAUUACCCCCGCCCUUACCCAAAUCCCCUUCUGAAUCGUGGCUUUGGCGUACACUUCCUUCUGUUCCUUUGCAGAAUCCACAGAAACCGAGACCAAAUGCUACCAAGACUGCUACCAAAUGGGAGACGAUUGUGAAAUCGUCGAAUUUACAUCACGACCACACCCGCUAUUCUGAGGAACUUGUUCCUCACAGUUCUCGUCAGCAAAAAAGAGUUUAGAAGCCGAAUGCCAACCUCAAGGAUUCAUUUACAGUAAUGUGGAGCAUCUCGCUCCUGUAUAGUCAGUCUCUCUAUAUACGAGGUAUCCAACUUUCUUGAUUUUUUUGCCCCUGGUUUUUCCCUCUUGAUUGUUUUUUAGUGAGGGUACACCAGGAACAAGUUUUUAUUUGUCGAGUGCAUAAUUUAUAGCUGAAGUUUAUGAAUUCUUCGAAUGAUGUUGUAGCGAGCUGAGAAAAAAAAAAAUCCGAGUUUUCUCACUGUAGAUUUCUACUUACAUGGAACAUGUAAACUUCCUUGAAAUGAAUGGGAGGUGUUUGUUUAUCUUUUAUCGUCUUUGUUCAGUUAUAUGGCUAUGGCUGUGGUUUCCUUCA